CGCCCCUUCAGCACCACCCCCCGCGCCUCCUUCGCGCGCAUGAUGCUCGUCGGGCGACUGGGCCAGGCCCCUGAGCUGGUGGAGACGGCGACGGGGCGGGGCGUGAUUCGGUACGCAGUGGCGUCGGAGUCGGGGACGCGGGAGAAUAGGAAGACGAGCUGGUUUCGCGUAGCGAGCUUUGCGGAGGGGGGAGCGCGGGAUUUUCGGUUGGGGUUGAAGAAGGGAUCGUUGAUUCAUGUCGAGGCGGAUGCGCGCAUGUCCGAGUUUGAGGAUAAGGAUGGGAAUCGAAGGGUGCAGAUUAACCUUGUU